UCUCUCUCUCUCUCUCUUCGCAUUUUCUGAAGCUUCCACGAUUUCUGAUCAUUUUCCCAAACUCCACCAAUUUUCUUUUCUUUAUAAAUUCUUCUGAUGCUUUCCUCUAACUCUAUAAAUGCAUCUAUUGAAAACCCUAGUUCCCACCCAAACCCCUCUCUCUCUCUCUCUCUCUCAACCUUUAUCUCUCCAUCCUCGCCACCACACAAACCAAUACGCAAACGACCCACCGCAUCUUCUCUCUCUCCAAAAUCAACGGCUCAGAUUUCUGGGUUCCACUCAAAUUUUCCUUUUUAGAAUGUUUCUUCUGUGUCAAUUCUAAGCCCAUUUUGAUUCUUGUUUUUUUCCUCUUCGAUUUUGUUGAUUGAUUCUCAGUCUUUUUAUGGCUAUUCCUUACCCUCAUUUCAUUGUAACCGACAAUCCAACAGUUGAUACGCCGAUCACGGUUCCCUCUCCUUCUCUCCCUCCCUUGAUUCUCACCCAAGACGAGCUUAAAAAAGUCGCCGCCUACAAGGCCGUCGAGUUCGUCAAAUCAGGCAUGGUUUUAGGCUUGGGAACUGGGUCUACGGCCAAACACGCCGUCGAUAAAAUCGGCCAACUAUUGCGCCAAGGCGAUCUCAAGGACAUUGUUGGAAUACCCACUUCCAAGAUGACCCACGAGCAAGCUCUGUCUUUGGGAAUUCCUCUAUCUGACCUCGAUUCACACCCUGUUCUCGAUCUGGCAAUCGAUGGUGCUGAUGAGGUCGAUCCCUAUAUGAAUUUGGUGAAAGGACGAGGUGGGUCGUUGCUGAGAGAGAAGAUGAUUGAGGGUUGUUGCAAGAAAUUCGUUGUUGUUGUUGAUGAAUCGAAGUUGGUUAAGCAUUUAGGGGGUAGUGGGUUAGCUAUGCCGGUUGAGAUUGUGCCUUUUUGUUGGAAAUUCACAGCCCAAAGGCUUCAAUUGUUGUUUAACGAAGUGGGUUGUGUUGCAAAGCUUAGGACUUGUAGCGAAAAUGGUCAACCAUUUGUGACUGAUAAUGGGAACUAUAUAAUUGAUUUGUAUUUUGAGAAAGAUCUCGGGGAUUUGAAUGCUGCCAGUGAUGCAAUUCUCAGAAACCCUGGUGUUGUUGAGCAUGGGAUGUUUCUGGGUAUGGCUACCACUGUUAUUAUUGCCGGUGGACGCGGCGUUACGGUGAAGAACAAGUAAUGUGAAGCCAGAGUAUUAGAGGUAGUUUUACUGAUCAAGUUUGAAUUGGGUACCUAACAUAUUAUUAUUAAAUGUAGGUUAUUUAAAAUUUGCUUUUUCUAUUGUGGAAAAGCAGAAGCAUUGUUAGUUAUCAAUGUAACAUGGGGGAAGAUUUUAAAUGUUUUAGUACGAAUUGAUGCUACUAUUGGGGAAUUUCACCCCAAGUUUUGUUGUUGGCUCGUUCCCAAAUUUAAUGAGAAUGAAUAGAAAUUUUGGAACUUUGUUCACAAA